GUCAAGCCCACCCGAAGUCCCAGACAACAAAACUUGAGCACCCCCGAGUGUCCCCGACGAAGACUCUCACACUCCCUCUCAGUCUCUCACGUACUAUACUGCUCUAAGAGAUCACACCUUAGAUGUUAGAUCCAUAGUUUUGUCUUCUACUCUUCUUCUUCUUCUUCUUCUUCUUCAAUUUGGGGCAAUCAAUCAAUUCAAUUGGAUUGAGGAUUGUUCUGUGUGCCAUCGAUGUGAGAUUGAGGAAUGAUGACGGUAGAGUUAUUUGCGGUGGAACUUGCUGACGAAAAUGAUACGAGUCAAACGUAUGAUUAGCCAAGGAGUUAUAGAGCAAAGUUCAUUGACAUCUACUGCUGAUUUUGUUCUUUGGUUUUGUAUAGAUACACGUUUGAGGGUCAUAUAAAUUAUAGCAGAACCCAGCAGUUGUACAGGAUUCUAGGAUGGAGAAAAGAAAUGGCAAUAGCGCAAACCAGAUUUUUUGGAGCAUAGUUAGUUUCUUAAGGAGAUGUCUUUUUCUUGUGAUUUGUGCUUGUCCUAUACCUCAUCACAUUGCCUUCAUCAUGGACGGAAAUAGAAGGUAUGCUAAAAAGCAGAAGUUGAUGGAAGGGACUGGACAUAGGGUUGGUUUUGUAGCUCUCAUGUCCAUGCUCAAGUACUGUUAUGAGUUGGGUGUGAGAUAUGUAACAAUAUAUGCUUUUAGUAUUGAGAACUUCAAAAGGCAACCUGAAGAGGUUCAAUCCUUGAUGGACCUGAUGCAGGAGAAAAUCGAAGGGUUAAUUAAAGAAGAGAGCAUUGUUAAUCGCUAUGGAGUUAAGGUGCACUUUAUUGGGAACCUAAAACUCUUGAGCGAACCUGUCAGGUUGGCUGCAGAGAGGGCUAUGGUGGCAACUGCAAAUAACUCUAGAGGAGUGCUAUCAAUAUGUAUUGCCUACACAUCUACUGAUGAGAUUGUGCAUGCCGUUCAAGAGUCAUGUGAAGAAAAAUGGAAUGAAAUUAGUGCAUUGAAUGCUAGUGGAGCUGGGUAUGGUCUAGAUAAAUUUGGAGGGAAUGAGAAGGAUGAAAGGGAAAACAUUGUAAAAUUGACAGAUAUUGAAAGGCAUAUGUAUAUGGCAGUUGCUCCGGACCCUGAUAUAUUAAUUCGUACUUCUGGGGAGACCCGCUUGAGCAACUUUCUUCUGUGGCAGAGUGCAUACUGUUGUUUGUACUGUCCCUCCGUGCUCUGGCCUGAGAUUGGAUUUCGGCAUUUUGUUUGGGCAAUCUUGAACUUUCAGUGUAACCGCUUAUAUCUGGAAAGAAAAAAGAAACAGUCAUAACUCUGUUGAAUGAUCUCUGCUUUUAAUGGACUACCAUUCAGUGUAACAAAUACAGAUUAAAUGCAGGCUGGUACAGUUUUUUAGUGCUCUUGCCUGUAGUGCUUACCUGAGAUUGUAAAAUGAUAUCUGCUGUAUUGUAAGAAUUUUUUGCUCAACACAGUAGCAUAGAUUUUGGUGUGUGAUAUAUUGAUCUGCAUAGUUGACAUUUUGCGGCUGUGA